CGUCAUCGUAUUUGACUAUGCCACUAGUGGACUCCAACCUUGUGGUUGGCUUCUUUCUUUAGCAACACCCGCAGUGGAGCCAAAAGAUCGGCCACAGACGAGGCUUUGCAUUGCGACGCCUGUCCGGAUCAACAACCCACAGCCUUUCGCUUGUUGGGCAUUUUCUGUUUUUCUCCCUUGUUGAUUUGCAUUUUCACUUUCUUAUUUACUCCCAUUAAUAUUCCUUCUUGCGGGUUCAAGAAAUAUCAAGAAAAAAUUUAUUCAACCACCAUCCCUCACGUGUGGUGGCACUGAUUGACGACAAGUGGAUCUCCGUUUUGUUUAUCAUAUCAACAUCCAUACAUAUCAUCCCCCACACGAGCCAAAGAAUUAAUUAAUAUCGAUCGAUUACUUCUUGAUCCAAGCGCAUCACCACCCCGACUUGAACAGAUAUCAAGAUGCGAUCCAAACCCACAUCCGUGAAACCAUCGGCGUACCCUGCAAUACCAUUUCAUGCCAUCCGCGCUGUGGGCUUUAUCUCUACUCUGGUCGUCGGCAUCAUUCUAGCCGUCUUCAUCUACAACCUCCAUCAAGGUGGCUUCAAACUUCCUUGGGCAUUCCUGGUUCUACUAAUCGCCGUUAUCCUUUCCCUUCUUAACUACGUCCUAACUACCAUAACCCACUGCUGCUAUGGCCUCUCACCGCGCCUAUCACUCCUAUCGAAUACGAUCUGUCUCCUUCUCUGGCUCAUUUCCCUCGGCCUCUUGAGUUGGAGCAUGUCCCAAACGAUCCUGACCACCUGCAAUGCCACAUACUGGGCUACUUCUACCGGUAUCACCGUUUGCCGGAUAUACAAGGCAUUGUUCGCCUUUACAGUCCUGGCAAAUAUUUCUUAUAUCGCCGCUAUCGCCCUCGAUGUUAUCGUACGCAGACGCCAGACUCGUCUGGGUGAGUACGACCCCAUGGCCAGCAACGUGGCCUUGAACGAUUACAAGAUGCACGAUCGCAGCAGCAGUGCUUUGUCGGGAGGCAUGGGCCCUUAUGGUGGACUCGAUGAACAGCAUCCCGCUUUUCGCUCGAAUAAUCACCCGGAUGAAGUCUACAGUGACAUCCCUGCUCCGGGUAAUUAUUCCGGUCAGACGAUGCCCCCGCCUGUAUAUGGCGCCAGUUCCAAUCUUGAGCAGCAUCAUGGUGGUGAGGCGCAGGAUUAUUAUCAACCGACGCCUACUCGUCCCCGUGUCCGAUUCAGCACUUAUGGGCAUGACGGGUACGGCCAUCCAUCGGAACAGACGCAUUAUGAUCCUGCGGCUUAUAGAUGAACUCUUGUGGUUUACACCCUUAUCCAGAUGGAAUUGUACAGUAUUGGGGCUGUCUGCUUACGACCGACAUAGUAUGUGUCGAUUAUACUCAACUUGAUCUGAUGUGUUACGAUCUUGCAGUGAAGGGGUCAUACUUGUUUUUGUCAGGGCGUAAUAGGUGUACUAUUUAUGUUCAAGAUGUCCUUUUUAUCAACCUUAGUGGUCAUGAAUCAUGCCGGAUUGGAUAAUCAUUGUA